AAUAACGUAUACUGACAUUAUCCAAAGGGUCGUUUAAUUAUUUUAUUAAAAUUUAUUAGCAGGAGAUUAAUUUCCGUUUUGUCUGUCGGUCGCGAUUUUAGUAUAUUUUGUUCGCUUUCCUGAUAACGCUGCAAGACGUCACUGACCUUUGAGCAUUUGCGUGGGUGGAGAAAUCCUAUGCGUUGUAGGGAGGUCGGAGGGGUAUUAUUUUGGCUCUGGGCAAAGUAACUGCCUUUGCUUGUGCUCCUAGGUUAGCUUCACUUGAAGUAGUAUUUGUGUCUGAGUACUUUUUGGCUUAAAGUCACACUUUGUCGAAGAAGAGGGACUUACGUAUUUAAACUUAUCUUUUGCGUUUUUCUUUGUCGCUCAGCUUCGCUUCCCUUCGUUUUUGAGGUUUUUCCUUCGCAUCCUGAGCGCAGUGGUAUCAGGACUCGGUUUUUUCCCUCAAUUUCCAAAACACGGCCUUCUGUUGCGUCUCGGAGGGGUCAUAUUUCCCUCGUAGAGAGGUAGAACCUUACCGAAAUGGGCGAGGAGGGGCCCAUUUCACAAUAUCAUUUUCUACAUUCUUCAUGCUCUGUACAACUUUGAAACACUUCUCUAUCAUUUCUUCCCGCGAGUUAUCCAUUCAUACAUCAAUUGUCUAAUUGUAAGUUGAAAUCCUUGUGCAACGAGUGGCGGCAACUGGCACUACGAAGUUUCUCUUACAUUUUACUCGGAUGGUAAAUGAAAGGUCCAUAAUUUUUCUCAAGGUACGUGACUCAUCUGUCAUCCAAUAUUACAUCACGGAAUUCAUAACGAAGUGAAAGGAAGUAAGGACCAAUGGAUAGAGAUCAAAGGCCACACUAUAACCACAAAAUGAUGGACAAUGGAGCCAGAAAUUGUGCUAUUCAAGGCAAUCUGGAAGUGAACUCUCCCCAAAAAGCAAUGAUGUUCGACAACGACAACAGUAUGAUGGGUGGGGUCAUCAUCGUGCCAGUUUGGGAGUGACAAUCAUAUAAAAGAGAAAAAGUCCUCCUGGUCUUCAUAUCCAGAUCGUCCGCCUAAGUAGAGACAUUUGAGAAACCAUGAUUUCGAUGUUCAUAAUAUUGGCUACAGUGGUGGCUAUCUCUCAAGCUGGCGUGAUAAGUCCCAACAUCGGUCCCGUAACCUACUCAUCCAUCCCUGCUGCACCCUACUCAAGUCUUUCCACACCCAUAAUAAAGUCCAGCUAUGCAUCUCCUUAUAGGUACCCAGUAACUCCAGCUGUCGCCACCUACUCCUCUGCACCAGCUGUAUCCUACUCAUCCGUUUCAGCACCCGUAAAAGGGUACUCCAGUCCUUAUUCCAGUUCAGCCUUAAGUUACACUACCAAAUACGCCGGCCCUUAUACCUAUUCGAUUUCACCCCUGAGUUACGUUGCCGCCAACUAUCACGGCUCAGGAAUUGCUGCCUACUCGUCCGCUCCGGCCGUGUCCUAUUCUACUGUGUCUGCUCCAGCAGUGAAAACCAGCUAUGCCAGUCCUCACACAUACGUCAGUUCACCGGUUGCCUACUCUACAAAAAUUGGCAAUCCAGCUGUUGUCGCUUACGCUACUGGACCAGCCGUAUCGUACUCCAGCGUGCCGUCUACUGUUUUUAAAACUGGAUACUCCAGUCCCUACAGCAGUUACGGCAGUGUACCGCUUUCCUAUGCUACCAAGACGACGUAUGCUGCUCCGGCUGUUGCUGCAUAUUCUUCAGCUUCUCCUUUGACCUACUCAUCACUCUCUACGCCUUUGGUAAGGAGUGCACACACUGUGCCAAGACUUGGAUAUAAUGUGGCCUCUGCUGCUGCACCCUUGACGUAUUCCGGACACACUACUUUCAGUGGGCUGGGUACCAGCUACGCUUGGUAAAACUUCACUGGUAUUAUCUUGACAGUUUCUAAACAGCGGAGAGAACGGAAGAUUAAAAGGGCUCAGGAUGAUGGAGUGUAUCGCUGGUAUGGUUCGAUAAUAAGUCUGAGAUUCUGUGUCAAGAAUUUUUUUUUUUUGUUAAUAUAUAUGCUUUUGGGUUAGUGUGAGGAUUUUUUUAUUGAAAUAAAUAAAGGUGUCUAAUUAUAACUAGUGUGACUUUUAGUCUAAUUCGAUUGGGUCUGAUAUACUUGUUUGAAAAUAAUUUUAAAAAUAUUGUUUUAUUUGGAUAUUUUAAUUAUCGGUGAUAAUUUAAAUGGAAAAAAAGAUUUUGGGGCAUUCGUUAUUAUUUAACGUGAAAACUCGUACAGUUUUAUUCAUAUCAUUGUAUAUAAUUUGAUAACAGUAACAAAGUAUAUUGAACACUUCGUUGACGUAAUCAAUUCAGUAUUGUCAAAUCUAAUAGUUAAGAAUACUGCUAAUAUAAAUACAAAGCGUGGAUUAUAUAAUUAUUAUGGACCAACAUAAGAUCGGAUAUGAAAAAUGAUAUCAGUCAAAAAUGUCCAUUACUACCUGAUCUUAUAAUGGUGCUCUCAAAGAUCUCGAACGUCACAUUAAUUUCUUGGCGGAUCUUCGCUUUCUAUGUACACGGUUCAUUAAAUUUUAACUUCAAUCGUUAAU